AAGUCAGGUCACGACGUGAGCCAGUACCUGCUGCACAUGAUCGCCCGCUCGCUCGCCGGCCCCGCGGAGAACGGCGACCGCAGCAUGAUCCCGGAUGACUCUGCGGCCGGAGCCAUGGACGCAGCCAGGGAUCCGGACGUAGGCAUGGAUGAGUCACUAAAGAAAACGGGAUGCCAAGACAACUCGAAGAAAACGGGAUGCCAAGACAAUCCAGGGAAAACGGGAAGCGAGGAGGAGCAAGAUAUUAACGAUAACCACACUAAACUGGGAGACUCGGACGCGCUGGCGAACGGGGAAGUGCAGAGCAAGGAAAGUGAGGAAGUCCGAGAUAAUAGCAAAGAGUUGUGCGAGGAGACGACCCAUAGAAAAGAUGAGGGUGUGGAGGAGAGUGAUAAUAAGAUGGACGCUGAGGAAGCAGACGAUUCUCAAGUGGAUGUAGAGGGAAGUGAAGACGAAGGUAAAGAGUCCAGUGAAGAUGACGAGGACAAGUUAGUGAUAAGUGAAGGGAAUGAGAGAGGGACCGAGGAGUCGAACGACGAGAACAGCAAGGGAGAGGCCCCUUUGGCACCCCAGAAGGCCCCCAGCCGAUCUCCAACUCCCCAGAGGAGCGAGAAACGGCCGGCCGAGGAUGAGGCUGCCGUGGGCGUCCCCAAGAAGCGACAGCGCUCGUUGGACGAGAUGGUCUCGCUCGACUCCUUUUCCACUGUGUCGCAGGUGGAGGGCUCCUUGGGACAGGUGAAGCGAGAUCUGGAGGCCAUUGAAUUCCUGCUGAAACAGAAGGAGGAGGAGUGGAACACCCUGCUGAGACUGCAGAAGCGCAAGGAAGAGCUCUACCUCCGGCUGGUGAGGAAACGGCAGGUCCUCCUGAUGAAGAGUGGGAAAACCGACGAAGAGGGAAGUGGGGAAGGCAGUGGCAACCUUCUCUUCUUGCCUCAGGGUGGCUACUCGUCCCUAGGGAGGGCCUCAGCUCCCCCUGAUGAUGAUGAGUCAGCUUCUCAGUGGAUCUCAGUCGCCUCAGUACUUCCCCAGGUUGUGACCACAAAGGAGGGCAGCAGAAGCAACUCCAAUAAUGGCAAUGGCAACAUCAGCGUGAUUGACAUCCACACAAGUAGCAACAAGCCGGGAGGGGAGGUGCCCAGAAUCUCCAUGUCAUCCGAAGCACACAACAAACUCAGCAAGCAGCUCACCUCAGGGCUCUCCCUCAUGAAGCCCAUCCUGCCCAAGCCGUCGGGGCCCCAGGGCAGCCUGUCCAAUAUUCCGGCAGCACUUUCCACCACUCCCACUGGUCAGGGACCCCAGGGGCCCACCAUAAAUGUCCAACAGUUAAUAGCCGCUCAUAGAAAAGAAAAUCCCAAUACUCCGCCCAUUAGAAGAGCCACCAGAGGGGCCUGGAGGCACCGUUAUGAUGGUGACAAGCGGUCUUCCCGCGAGCAGGACCGUCCUCCCAGUGUGUCCAGCUCCAGCAGUGAGGCAGAGAUGAGAACCUCGGCCUCUGCGAAGGGCAUGCUGGCCAUGAGCGACCCUUCCGUCUCGUACAAAGAUGUCCUGUUGCGUUUUGCUGAACUCACUCAGAUUGAGAAGCAGCCUGGAUCUCCACAGAUCUCUAUAUUCCCUGUGGGAAGUAGUGAAAGCAGUACAAGGAAGUCGGAAGGCAGCCGAGAAUCCACACCUAUAGCGAGGGAGCAGACGCCCACCUCAGUUCCCCCUACAGCAACCCUACCAACAUCCAAGCCCUCUUUAGAAGGGCCGUCUGCUCUUGCUAAGCUCCUUUUAGGAUCCCAGGCUGGUGUUACCAGUGGUGGUAAUGUCAAGAUGGUGGGUGAUGCUACAACAAACUCCCAGUACCUCACCCUCUCAGCUCUCCUGUCUGGAGGCUCAACCACAACAGUAAAAGAGAAGUCAUCCCAUUCUCAGUCUGAGAGCAGGAGCAAGAAGUCCAGCCACCACUCGGAGGAGGGCGGUGGCAACCCAAAGUGCCAGGGUUGCCACAAGCAGAGAGCUCAGUUUGUGUGUGCUGGCUGUGGGAACCAGUGGUAUUGCUCGAGGGAGUGUCAGGUUGCUGCGUGGGAGGAACACUCCGAGCACUGUAGUAACUAAACUACAGUGAGGCGAUUCUA